UCCAAGUAAUCGAAGUGUUAGCAAACAAAUAAAACAUUCUAGAAAGAAAAUCAAAAUAAAUAGAAACAAUUCAUUUUGUUUUGAGUUAAAUACAACAAAUUGAAAGAGCAGCUGUUCAAAGUCGAUUGCAGCACUGUUUUUUGGCAACCAACGAUCAAAACAACGAAUUUCAUCACAACAACAAAAUGUUGCUCAGACUUGCAUUAUCAACCACAGCACGUCCCUGUCUCCUGCUGGGUAAAUCGUCGCAGUCUCUACUGCAGGCAAAGUCCGGCUUGAACAGCGUACGCGCCUAUGCACGAGGACCGGUACGCAGCACGCGUGCACCUGCACCCGCACCUGUUGAGCAAAUGCGCACUCCAACUUUAAAGGAGAAACUAAUGGCGCCGCCAAGUGCCAAUGCUUACUCGAUGGGCAAGGGCGCUGUUGCUGGCGCCGCUGUGGUGGGAAUGGGCGCUCUCUGCUAUUAUGGCGUCGGCUUGGGCAAACACACCAGCAUCGCGGACAACGCCAUAAUGUGGCCACAAUAUGUCAAGGAUCGCAUUCAUUCAUCCUACGGUUUCUUCGGAGCCUCCUGUUUGGUUACAGCAGCUGCAGCCGCCGGGGUUUUCCGCUCUCCGCGUCUGCUGUCUCUCGCCUCACGCGGCGGCUUAAUGUGGACAAUCGGUUCGCUAGCUCUUGUGAUUGGCAGCGGAGCGGUAACCCGUUCCAUUGAGUACAAAGAGGGACUUGGUCCCAAGCAUCUCGCCUGGGCGCUGCAUUGUGCCAUUUUGGGUGCUGUCAUUGCCCCACUGUGCUUUGUCGGGGGUCCGAUUCUAACGCGCGCUGCUCUCUACACUGGUGGCAUUGUCGGUGGACUGUCCACAGUCGCUGUCUGUGCUCCCAAUGAUAAAUUCCUGUAUAUGGGUGGUCCUUUGGCCAUCGGCCUUGGUGUCGUAUUCGCCUCCUCAUUAGCAUCCAUGUGGCUACCUCCCACCACAGUUCUUGGCGCCGGCCUGGCUUCGAUGUCGCUUUAUGGAGGACUCGUUCUCUUUAGCGGUUUCCUCCUAUACGACACUCAGCGCCUGGUGCGUAAGGCCGAAAUGUAUCCCCAAUACGCCUAUGCUCCCUUUGAUCCCAUUAAUGCUUCUAUGUCAAUCUAUAUGGACGUAUUGAAUAUAUUUAUUCGGAUUGUUACUAUAAUGAGCGGAAACCGUCGUUAAUUAACUAUUAAAGCAGUUGUGAUGCAGUAAAUCUAACUUAUGAUAUACAAAUACAUAUAUAUUUAAAUAAAGCUAUUAUUGCGCCUACCUAAAUAUGGGGCCAUGAACUGUGCAUAAA